AUGUCGCGAAGUUUCUUGGUGGACUCGUUGAUUGGCAAUAACUCGCCGCCUGCUUACCCGUUGCCAUAUUACGGGAAUCAAUUGCCGAGCUAUAUGUUCAACUUCUUCAAUUUGGGACUGGGUUAUCAGCCAAUCAGGCCGGUACCAAGACCGCCGGCCAUGCCUGUUCCGGUUCCAAUUAGUCCACCCGCUUUGCGAAGCUUACCUCUACCUGGACAGAGUCCUCCGUCGCCUUUGAACACCUCCGCUAGCAGACUAUCGGACGUUUCAGCGCCGAGCGAAUCACCGUCGCGUAACAGCACCCCGACACCACCCCCGAAGUCGCCAAAUUCCAACAACAGCUCGAAACGGAUUCGAACCGCGUUCACGAGCACUCAAUUGUUGGAAUUGGAACGGGAAUUCGCCUCCAACAUGUACCUAUCGCGUCUCCGUCGAAUCGAGAUCGCCACGAAUCUGAGAUUGUCCGAGAAACAGGUGAAGAUUUGGUUCCAAAAUCGCAGGGUGAAAUACAAAAAGGAGGAUCUACCCGCGGGACAGAAUCAGAAGUGUUGCUGCUUGAGGACGUGCGGCAAGAAGAAGGAUGGUUGCGUGGACGAUUCGUCGAGCAGAAAAUGCGACCAGGAGGAGGAGAGAUCGACGAAGAAGGAGAAAAUGGAAGCGAUCGAGAAGGCGGUUGAUACGAUCAACCGGGAAGAAUCGUCAAAUACCGUGGCGGAUCGUUUCGAACGAUCGAUGCGACCGUUUCCGACGAUCGACGAAUCGCAGUUGCAUCGGGUAACGGAGGAGAAAUUAAAUCUUCCUAGGGUCAGCAGCACGAUGGUCGAGCGACCCGGUUACGACAUGGAUCGGCACAAUUUGUCCCAAGCAUCGAAGCGAACUAUCGGCGAAACGUUUGAGGAAACGGACGAUAAGAAGAGACGAAUCGACGGCUCGUCCUUUUGUCAGGACACUGGCAUCAGUCCUGUUUUCAGGAGCAUAGGAUGUACAAAACACACCGUAGAAAGAAUUGUCAAUUCGUAG